CCCAUGUGAACCCGAAUGAAAGUGUGGCAUUUGAAAGAAGAGUAUCUACCUCGCCACGUCUCCGCACGGGUUGAAGAUUUCCAUAUCCCAGGCUUCAAAUAAGUGCUAGAAGCUGACGUCAAGGUUCAGUACUAGAGGUUACUACCCCGCCAUAUUGAAGUAUUCUUUGAAUCACGAAACGCGAUUCCUCUUGAUUCUAAAAUAUUUGAUUGAUCAUCGACCUUUCGAUCACUAAAUUCUUCUGGUUGUGUAUUUUGACCCUAAAAUGUCGCCCCAGAUUCCUGAGAAGAUGCUUGCUGCGCAAGUAGUUGAGUUUAGAAAGCCCUACAAGAUACAUGAGAUCCCAACUCCAGGAAAACAUCUUGAUGAAAAUGACAUGCUGGUCAAAGUAGCCGUUGCAUCUCUUUGUCAUACCGAUGGCAUGGUCAGUGAGGGGAUCAUGGGUACGAAACUUCCUUGUGUGGCUUCUCAUGAGGGAGCUGGUACCGUCGUCAAAGUUGGCAGCGCGAUCAAAGAUUUCAAAGAGGGAGAUAGAGUUCUGUGCAGCUUGACGUAUCACCGCUGCGGUGAAUGUGCGGAUUGCAAGGGCCCUGAGCAGGACCAUCAGUACUGUGCUAAUGCCGGAGGAUUUUUGGGCGUGACUAUCGAUGGGUCGUUUGCGGAAUACGAAGUAGUUGAUGGGAGAGAAUGUUGCAUAUUGCCUGACAACUUGAGCUUCCAAUCCGCUGCUCCUCUAGCGAUUCUCCUCUCCGAAACAUGUUCCAGAGGAUUUGAGAUGCUAGACCUAAAACUGUAUUUAACAGCACUGGCUAUCUUGAAGUGUGCUGGAAUAACUGUUUGGGGAGGUCUGAUAAGAGCUGGAUUGAAAUCUGGGGAGACUAUUGCACUUGUUGGUGGAGGAGGCGGACUCGGUCAUCUCGGAAUCCAAUUUGCGAAAGCUCUAGGGUUGAAAGUCGUAGCAAUCGAUGCUCGAGACGAGGCACUUUCUUUGGCAAGAGAGUGCGGCGCGGACACCGUUAUCGAUGCUCGUCCUGGCAAAGAAAACACUGUUCAAGAGGUGAAGAAAGUAAACGAUGGGAAGUUGGCCGAUGCAACUCUCAACGUAUCCGACUACGAGUCUGCAGCUGCUACAAGCGCAGCAGUGACUAAAAUGCAUGGUGUGCUCGUGCAGAUUGCUCAACCAACGAACGUGUCGGUUCCUUUCGCAGAGCUGGUUUUUCGCGAUAUCCGUAUCCGCGGAAGCCUUAUCAGCUCUAGAGGAGAAUGCCAGAAAAUGCUCAAAGUUGCCUCGGAAAAUAAGAUCAGGGUCAAGACAAACCCUUUCUAUGGUCUCAAGGAGAUUCCGAAGGCUGUUGAGCUCGCACAUUCGGGGAAAAUGCAGGGAAAGCCGGUCGUGAUCAUUGACAGCGAAGCCAUUCAGAAGGAAAGGAGAUCUGGUCUCGAAAUGGUUUGA